AUGGACAUGGAGAAGUUCUACCGAGAAGAUCAUGCCUUCUACAAGGUCAUAAUGGGCGAUUUCAACGCCGAAGUUGGCCCAAAAAGAACGCCUGAGGAACUUCACAUCGCGAUUCACGGCCUACAAUGGAAUGACCAGGGGGAGAGGCUCUCCGAGUUCAUCAUGACGACUAAGACCAUCCAUGGGAACUCGCAAUUCCAGAAGCCCUCCUCUCUACGCUGGACGUGGGAAUCACCCGGUGGAGGGUACCAUAAUGAAAUAGACCACAUCAUCGUCAAUAAAAGGUUCUGCCUGACAGACGUCGCUGUUGUACCAAAGUUCUAUACGGGAUCGGACCAUUGCCUCCUCCGACGAAGAUUUUCCUUCACAAGGAGAGCAGAGAAAGCCGCCAAGUUCAGAGAGAGAAAUCCCAGAACUAUCAUCAACUGGGAUCUCUUUGCCACUCUAGCCGGCUUUUGGGAAGACUUCGCAAUGAACAACAUCGAGGAGGAAUAUGCCCGGCUCGUUGAACACUUUCACGACUGCGCGAAGAAAGCUGAGAGUUCUAAAACCACCAAGAGAUGCCUGUCUCUUAAAACUCUUUUAAAACUCUUGAGCUGA